GUCUCCGUCUCCAUCACCACGACCUCCUUGCUUGUGGUGGCCCGUACGAUUUGAGGCGAGGAAUAUUCCUUUGAUAUUCAAACAUUGCGUGGCGGUGACGAAGCGUUGGGGAAUGCCGCGGUUCCAGAGCUAAAAUGCAGCCAACCGGCAAGAACGGGUGCUGGUGAGCCCAAGAUGGCCACAGCAGCCGAGCGGCCCCCGUCAUUUGGCGAAGAGGUGCCCCGGCAUUCCCGGCUCUGGUUGCCGCCCGUGCCUCGACGCCGGUCCGAGGCCAACGGUGUGGCAUCGCCCUCAGCGAUGCGGACCAGCCUGCAGAAGUUGUCCGAGGGGAGGAAAGCGCGUCGCCUCACCUUCUUCCGCAAUGGGGACCGUUUCGACAAAGGCCUGGUGUAUGCGCUCUCACUGGAGAAAGUGCGCACCUUCGAAGCCCUCUUGGAGGAUCUCACACGCAUAAUGGUGGACCUGCCCAUGGGCGUCCGGUUCAUAUUUUCUGAAGAUGGGCGCGAGAAGGUGUCCCAGCUGGAGAAUUUGUGCGAGGGCUGUGUCUACGUGUGCUCCUCGACAGACCACUUCGUGCGGCUUCCGUACGGGCACCAGGAGCCACCUCGCCCCCACUGGACUCUGGGGCGCAGCACCCGAGGCAUUCCGGGGACUCCAUCCUCCUCACCCACCACGCAUCACAACACCUUGCCCGCUCACCAUGGCUUCGUACGGCCCAAGCUCAUUACAGUUAUUCGCAAUGGGGUGCGUCCAAGGAAAGCAGUAAGGGUGCUGCUGAAUCAUAAAACGGCCCGGUCAUUUGAGCAGGUGCUCGACGAUGUCACAAGAGUUAUCAAGCUCGACUCUGGUGCCGUGCGCAAGGUGUUCACUCUUACAGGAAAACCGGUGACCACUUUGGCAGACUUCUUUGGUCCGGAUGACAUAUUCAUAGCGUACGGCCUCGAGAAAUAUUCACAUGACGACUUUGACCUAGACUCUGAAGAGUGUAAGCAUCUCAAUGGCGCUAUGCGGAUGCGCCGAGAACAGCGUUUUUCAUGCGGCCGACCAAUGUCCCCCAUUUCAGACGUGUCUUCGAACCUGAGUUUUCAGAGUUCUCACUCCAUUUCACCCAAGGCAUCCAAAAAGCUCAAUUUUACAAAUCAUGUGGUUCUACCAGAGACAGUUGGACGGCUGUACUCUGUGAGGGAAAUGCUGGGUGACGGCAACUUUGCACGAGUCUACCAGUGCGUUUCCAGGGAGUCUGGUGUUGAGUACGCACUGAAAAUCAUCGACAAGGACAAAUGCAGAGGCAAGGAGCAGAUGAUCGCCAACGAGGUGGCCAUUUUGAGGAGGGUUCAGCAUCCAAAUGUGGUCCGGUUAGUCGAGGAGUUCAACUUUGACACUGAGCUCUACCUGGUCAUGGAACUGGUCAAGGGGGGUGACCUGUUUGACGCCAUAGCGGCAGCGACCAAGUUUCCCGAGUACGAGGCAAGUCGCUUGGUCAGCCACUUGGCCAGCGCGCUUGCCCACCUGCACUCGUUGCACGUUGUCCAUCGAGACAUCAAACCCGAGAACCUACUUGUGGGUGUCCGGGGUGCACUCAAACUGGCCGACUUCGGCCUUGCGACGGAACUUCCCCUGGACGGUUCCCUGCUGUCGACAGUGUGUGGCACGCCGACGUACGUGGCCCCCGAGAUACUGGCUGAAACAGGUUAUGCCCUGGAGGUUGAUGUGUGGGCUAUGGGUGUCAUCACCUACAUACUACUAUGCGGAUUCCCACCGUUUGUCAGUCAAACAAACAACCAAGACGAACUGUUUGACCAGAUUCUGAGUGGGCGAUUCGAAUUUAUGGCUCCAUACUGGGACGGCAUAUCUGCAUCAGCUCAGGAUUUGAUCCGAGGCAUGCUUCAGGUGGACGUGACGCAGCGCUUGACAGCAGUACAAGUACUUGCGCAUCCUUGGCUGCAGCAGCAGGCAAGUGGAGCAAGCAGGCAGUCUGACGCAUGGCAGGUGGGCCUUCACUUCGAAGAGCGCCCGCGAUCCAGCCUAGAUGCUGCCGGCACGCUGCCAUCAGCCAUGUCCUGACGUCAAUGCCAGUCAGCGCAAAGAAAGCUGCGUGCUGUGGACGCACAG